AUGAACGCGAGUAUUAAAACGGGUUACAUGCCCACGACCCAAUGAUGUGUAUAUAAAUUAAUGUUUAUAUAAAUAAUUUCUACCACCCCACUUUAAUGUGAGAUUCUUCCACAUUACUGAUUGGAAUGCUAUCCUAUACUCAACCUGUGAAACGGUUGUGGCUAAAUCAAAUCAAAUUGUAUUUGCCACAUGCGCCGAAUACAACAGGUGUAGACAUUACAGUGAAAUGCUUACUUACAAGCCCUUAACCAACAAUGCAGUUUUUUAAAGAAAAAUGCAUAAAUAAUAAACAGAGUAGCAGCAGCAUAAAAGAGGGGGAUGGGGUGGGGUGGGGUGGGGUGGGGUCCGGGUAACCUCCCGAGUGGCACAGUGGUCUAAGGCACUGCAUCGCAGUGCUAGCUGUGCCACUAGAGAUACUGGUUCGAAUCCAGGCUCUGUCGUAGCCGGCCGCGACCGGGAGACCCAUGGGGCGGCGCACAAUUGGCCCAGCGUCGUCCAAGGUAGGGGAGGGAAUGGCCGGCAGGGAAGUAGCUCAGUUGGUAGAGCAUGGCAUUUGCAACGCCAGGGUUGUGGGUUCGAUUCCCAAGGGGGGCCAGUAUGAAAAGUAAAAAAAUAAUGUAUGCACUCACUAAAUGUAAGUCGCUCUGGAUAAGAGUGUCUGCUAAAUGACUUAAAUGUAAUGUAAAUGUAGCCAUGAUUAGCUGUUCAGAAGUCUUAUGGCUUGGGGGUAGAAGCUGUUGAAAAUCCUUUUGGACCUAGACUUGGCGCUCCGGUACCGCUUGCUGUGCGGUACAAGAGAGAACAGUCUAUGACAAUUUUUAGGGCCUUCCUCUGACACCGCCUGGUAUAGAGGUCCUGGAUGGCAGGAAGCUUGGCCCCAGUGACGUACUGGGCCGUACGCACUACCCUCUGUAGUGCCUUGCGGUCGGAGGCCUAGCAGUUGCCAUACCAGGCGGUGAUGCAACCAGUCAGGAUGCUCUCGAUGGUGCAGCUGUAUAACGUUUUGAGGAUCUUGAGGACCCAUGCCAAAUCUUUUCAGUCUCCUGAGGGGGAAUAGGUUUUGUCAUGCCCUCUUCACGACUGUCUUGGUGUGUUUGGACCAUGAUAGUUUGUUGGUGAUGUGGACACCAAGGAACUUGAAUCUCUCAACCUGUUCCACUACAGCCCCGUCGAAGAGAAUGGGGGCGUGCUCAGUCCUCUUUUUUUUCCUGUAGUCCACAAUCAUCUCCUUUGUCUUGAUCACCUUGAGGGAGAGGUUGUUAUCCUGGCACCACACGGCCAGGUCUCUGACCUCCCUAUAGGCUGUCUCAGAACCACUGUUGUGUCGUCGGCAAACUUAAUGAUGGUGUUGGAGUCGUGCCUGGCCAUGCAGUCAUGGGUGAACAGGGAGUACAGGAGGGGACUGAGCACGCACCCCUGAGGGGCCCCCGUGUUGAGGAUCAGCGUGGCAGACGUGUUGUUACCUACCCUUAACACCUGGGGGCGGCCCGUCAGGAAGUCCAGGAUCCAGUUGCAGAGGGAGGUGUUUAGUCCCAGGAUCCUUAGCUUAGUGAUGAGCUUUGAGGGCACUAUGGUGUUGAACGCUGAGCUGUAGUCAAUUAAUAGCAUUCUCACGUAGGUGUUCCUCUUGUCCAGGUGGGAAAGGACAGUGUGGAGUGCAAUAGAGAUUGCAUCAUCUGUGGCUCUGUUGGGGCGGUAUGCAAAUUGGAGUGCGUCUAGGGUUUCUGGGAUAAUGGUGUUGAUGUGAGCCUGGGCAGUUCGUGGCUGUGCUUCCCUUUGUAGUCUGUAAUAGUUUUCAAGCCCUGCCACAUCCGACGAGUGUCAGAGCCGGUGUAGUACGAAUCAAUCUUAGUCCUGUAUUGACUGUUUGAUGGUUCGUCGGAGGGCAUAGCGGGAUUUCUUAUAAGCUUCCGGGUUAGAGUCCCGCUCCUUGAAAGUGGCAGCUCUACCCUUUAGCUCAGUGCGGAUGUUGCCUGUAAUCCAUGGCUUCUGGUUGGGGUAUGUAUGUACGGUCACUGUGGGGAUUACAUCAUCAAUGCACUUAUUGAUGAAGCCAGUAACAAAUGUGGUGUACUCCUCAAUGCUAUCUGAAGAAUCCCGGAACAUAUUCCGGUCUGUGCUAGCAAAACAGUCCUGUAGCUUAGCAUCUCAUCUGACCACUUUUUUUAAUUAACCGAGUCACUGGUGCUUCCUGCUUUAGUUUUAGCUUAUAAGCAGGAAUCAGGAGGAUAGAGUUAUGGUCAGAUUUGCCAAAUGGAGGGCGAAGGAGAGCUUUGUAUGUGUCUCUGUGUGUGGAGUAAAGGUGGUCUAGAGUUUUUUUUUUCCUCUGGUUGCACAUUUAACAUGCUGGUAGAAAUUAGGUAAAACGGAUUUAAGUUUCCCUGCAUUAAAGUCCCUGGCCACUAGGAGCGCUGCCUCUGGAUGAGCAUUCUCCUGUUUACUUAUGGCCUUAUACAGCUCAUUGAGUGCAAUCUUAGUUCCAGCAUCUGUUUGUGGUGGUAGAUAGACAGCUACGAAAAAUAUAGAUAAACUCUCUUGGAAAAUAGUGUGGUCUACAACUUAUCAUGAGUUACUCUACCUCCAGCGAGCAAAACCUUGAGACUUCCUUAGUGUUAGAUUUUAUGCACCAGCUGUUGUUUACAAAUAUACACAGACCGCCACACCUUGUCUUACCGGAGUCAGCCGUUCUAUCCUGCCGAUGUAGCGUAUAUCCCGCCAGCUGUAUGUUAUCAAUGUCAUCGUUCAGCCACGACUCGGUGAAACACAAGAUAUUACAGGAAAUGGAAAUGCACAUAAGAAUAAGUGACAACCAAUCCAAUGUCUCUCCAAUUCUCCUGCACAGCUGUCGGCAUAUGGAGCCGACCUGUCCUCAGAGGCAUGCAGGGAGCUGGGCUUUUCCAGCAACCUCCUGUGCAGCUCCUGUGACCUGCUGGGGGAGUUCAGCCUGAGUUCGAUCCAGCCUGUCUGCAGACAGUGCUGCCAGCAGGAGGCCCAUAUGGAGUCCAGGAAGGUAAGACAUUAGGCUGCAUUUAGACUAUCUAUGGGUGUAUCAAUUGUCCUCGUUGUCUCUGUCCAUUCAUCUGCACUUAUUGGAAAAUACUUUUCAGGUGAAAAUAAUGUGCUGGAAGCUCAUCAAUAGGCUGAGUUUCACCCGGUCAGUCCUACUCGGACCAGUGCCAAUGAGAGGCGAGGAGAGGAUGUAGUGAGCUGUAUAAGCAAGGAUCGACUCAUGGGAUCAGCUACAGUGCCUUCAGAAAGUAUUCAAACCCCUUGACUUUUUCCACAUUUAGUUGUGUUGCAAUGUGGGAUUAAAAUAGAUUUAGUUGUCAUUUUUUGGUCAACGAUCUACACAAAAUACUCUGUCAAAGUGAAAAAUGUGAUAAAAAAAACAAACAAAAAACGAAUAUCUUGAUUACAUUCAACCCCCUGAGUCAAUACAUGUUCGAAUCACUUUUGGCAGUGAUUACAGCUUUGAGUAAGUGGGUACGUCUAUAAGAGCUUUCCACACCUGGAUUGUGCAACAUUUGCCCAUUAUUAUUUUCACAUUUUUCAAGCUCUGUCAAAUUGGUUGUUGAUCAUUGCUAAACAACCAUUUUCAAGUCUUGUCAUAGAUUUUCAAGCAGAUUUAAGUAAAAACUGUAACUCGGAACGUUCACUGUCUUCUUGGUAAGCAACUCCAGUGUAGAUUUGGCCUUGUGUUUUAGGUUAUUGUCCUGCUGAAAGGUGAAUUCAUCUCCCAGUGUCUGGUGGAAAGCAGACUGAAGCAGGUUUUCCUCUAGGAUUUUGCCUGUGCUUAGCUGAAUUCAGUUAAUUUUUUAUCCUGAAGAACUCCCCAGUCCUUAACGAUUGCAACAUACCCAUAACAUGAUGCAGCCACCACUAUGCUUGAAAAUAUGGAGAGUGGUACUCAGUAAUGUAUUGGAUUUGCCCCAAACAUAACACAGUGAAUGUAUUCAGGACAAAAAGCGGAUUGCUUUGACAUUUCUUUGCGGUAUUACUUUAGUGCCUUGUUCUAAACAGGAUGCAUGUUUUGGAAUAUUUUUAUUCUGUACAGGCUUCCUUCUUUUCACUCUGUGAAUUAGGUUAGUAUUGUGGAGUAACUACAAUGUUGAUCCAUCCUCAGUUUUCUCCUAUCACAGCCAUUAAACUCUGUAACUGUUUUAAAGUCACCAUUGGCCUCAUGUUGAAAUACCUGAGCGGGUUCCUUCCUCUCCGGCAACUGAGUUAGGAAGGACGACUGUAUCUUUGUAGUGACUGGGUGUAUUGGUACACCAUCCAAAGUCUAAUAACUUCACCAUGCUCAAAGGGAUAUUCAAUGUCUGCUUUUUUAUUUUUACCCAUCUACCAAUAGGUGCCCUUCUUUGCGAGACAUUGGAAAACCUCCCUGGUCUUUGUGGUUGAAUCUGUGUUUGAUAUUUACUGCUCGACUGAGGGACCUUACAGAUAAUUGUACGUGUGGGGUACAGAGAUUAUGUAGUCAUUCAAAAACACUAUUAUUGCACACAGAGUCCAUGCAACUUAUUAUGUGAAUUGUUAAGCAAAUAUUUACUGCAGAACUGUAGGCUUGCCAUAACAAAGGGGUUGAAUACUUAUUGACUCAAGACAUUUCAGCUUUUCUUUUUUUAAAUUAAUUUGUAAAAAUUUAGAAAAAUAUAAUUUUAUUUAAACAUUAUGGGGUAUUAUGUGUGACCAAACACCUCAAUUUAAUUCAUUUUAAAUUCAGGCUGUAACACAACAAAAUGUGGAAAAAGUCAAGGGGUGUGAAUACUUUCUGAAAGCACUGUAUAUCAGCACAUACCCGGCUCCACAAGGGGGCAAAAGGGGGCUUAGUUGAAACUUGUGCCCCCUCAGUUUUAAUUUUAUGUCCCUGUAUAAAAAUAGCAAAAAAGUUGAAAUGAUUGAGUGACAGCUUGGCGCAAAAUCUGUAUCCUAUGCUCUGUCAGCACAAUAGACAGAGCGCGCCACAAUGUGUGUAGGGGGGCUAUGGAAAGCCACUCAGGCACAGAGUUUCCGUUAGCCGGUAACUUUUGGCCAAUAAAUUGUAGCCGGCCAAAUUGUCCGGGGCUGCCCUGCUGCUGAGGAGCGUGAGAGAGGAGCCUUGGCCUAGGCUACUGUUGAUUGCAAAGAUGGAGGCCUUUUUCAUUGAAGUAAAACAAAUGUUAGUAUGCCUAAAGUGAAAAGCCUACAAGGCAGGGCUCCAGACUGCAACCAUUUAGUCCCAUUUUGCAACCUUUUGACACCUGCCUGUGGGAGUAACAUUUUUAAUUGGUUGCAUCUGUGUGGGCUGUACAUUCAUUCACCUCACUAAAAACGGCCUAUUUAGUUUUUUUAGGAGACUAAAACCAUGAUUUAGUCGAAUAGUAAAGUACUUUAUCCUCAUGAUUCCUGUAAUGAAAGUGUCUGCUUGCCAUGUACCUGUUUCGCCGGCGCCUACUGCUGUGCCGAGCGAGUCACACUCUCUCCUUUCCCAGGGGGUAAAAAUGCUCCGGAAGAAAGAAAAGGGUUAUGAUUGUAUAACAUUUUAAAAUCCAAUUGCUGGGAAACACAGCUAUCCUGUUGUCAUAGCUGGAGAGGAUGCUCUCAGCUUUCUGUAGGUUUACUUUCUGUUUCUCAACUCUGUUAUGAGCUCAAUAGCAAAUGUACUGUUCGAUUAAUACAUUGCUACUAUGUGUGGGUAUUAUCUUUAGUUAGUGAUCUACAGUGCAUUUGGAAAGUAUAGUACCACCUGAGAUUCAGUUAUAUGGAUUUUUGUCCAUAUUGCUCAGCCCUUGUUAUUAUUAUUAGAUCGCUGUAGAGUCUGAUUGCUGGGAAGAUGAUCAUCUUUGGGUCUCUUCACCAUUAUCAGCUGUCCAAUGGAGGUUCCUCAGAGGAGGAAGGGAAGAGCCAUCCACUGAAUUUCAUAAAAAUAGUGAAACAUUAAAGUUAUCCUUUUUAGAUAAAACUAUACUAAAUAUAUUCACUACACCAAAUAAUUGAUUUAAACACACUGUUUUGCAUUGAAGUUCUACAGUAGCCUCCGUAGCACUCUGUAGGGUAUCACCAUGGUGUAGCCGGAGGACAGCUAGCUUCUGUCCUCCUUUGGGUACAUUGACUCUAAUACAAAACCUAGGAGGCUCAUGGUUCUCACCCCCUUCCUUAGACUUACACAAUAAUUAUGACAACUUCCGGAGGAUGUUCUCCAACCUCAGAGCUCUUGCAGCAUGAACUGACAUGUUGUCCACCCAAUCAAAGGAUCAGAUAAGGAAUCUAGUAUUGAAAGCAUAAGCUACAGCUAGCUAGCACUGCAUAAAAUGUGUUGAGUAGUUGACUCAGAGAGACAAUAGUUGAAAAGUUUUGAACAAAUUAAUUGAGAUUUUUUUUUACUUUCGCUAGUGAAUGCAGCUAGCUAGUUUAGCCUACUCAAUCACCCAGAUCAGACAGAGAGGAAUGCUAGCUGGCUAUGGCCAUCCAACACUGGAACUCUUCCAAGUCAUGGUAAGCUUUUGGUUGUAUUAAUUUAUUGCCACCGUUGCCUGCCGGUUUAACAUGCUGACCACACCGGCCGCGUUAUUCAACGAGCAUCUGUGUAGCCAGGCGGUAAAAUAGAACUUGGUUCUAUUUUAGAAGCUUGACACGCUGAAAGUCCUACCUCUCCCAUCUCAUUCGUUUUUAGGAGCAUAUACCCACGUGGGUGAUUGAAAGAUGAACGAGGUCCACACUCUAGCUAGCUAAAUGUCCAUGCCCGGUGUAGUCAGCAUCUAAGUGCUAAACAGCUUUCUGACUGUACACUGUACUGCAUGAUUGUAGUUGGUUUACUAACGCGUUAGUUCUAGUAUGUUGACUACGACAUGACAACGAUGUAGGCUGUGUGUAGCAGUUAGCGGUCAUGAUAUAAAGGUUUGGCUUGGAAAGUAGUUUUUGCCUGGUAUCUCAUUAACAAUUUGACAAGCACUUAAUAAUGCCUCAAAUUUCACAACGGCAUCCCUUUUGUGUGGCCGUAAAUCCAUGCCUUUUGCGGCCAGUGGCCGUUGUGCCCUUGUGCUGAAUAUAAUAAUUAUAAUUCCCUUCUCCCGGCUGCGUGCUCCGAAGCACCUCUCACUCACAUGGCUCUCUCAGAUAUCUCAAUUCUUAUUAGCCAAUGCCCGUCACGGGCUACAAGUGAAGACGGACACAUCGGAGACGCAACUGCGCGCGUCCAUAUCGAAUUUCGAGGCGCAUAUUGAAGAUGUUGGAAGAACUGUCCACAUUUACUAUUUGUUGUGACUUGACUUUCAUUAAUAUGAUGACUGUUAUUUAUCGAAUCAACUAUGUUUAAUUGUUACUCCAUUUUAAAUGAAUCAUGUAACAAUUAACUCAUUAGGAUUUGGGGCACCACGGAAUAAGUUGUUUAUAGAGUUACCAUCUCCCGAAAUAAACUCUAAAAGGUCUUUACCUAUCAAUAUGUAUAAAACAGUCAACGUAUCAAUCAUUACCUCUUAUCAGUCUCAUUCUGAACGGUCGUAGACUUCUUGGAUCUGCACGAACCCCAGCUUUACUUAGGAUUCAGUACUACCCAAAUUGAUUCAAUUAUUUAUUUACUAGCUAACUAAAUAAUAACACAGAAUACAUACGCUUAAUACAUGAGGAAAAAGUCCCUAGCGGACUAACAGCAUGACUGCUUGGAGACAAAGACAAAGAGAGUCAACUUAUCGUUGAUACAUUUGGAAGCUACCCUCAAAGUAAUCAUAAUACUUUGCUCACGAACCACCGCCCGUUCGGAGUAAGAAAACAAUGAAUGUAUUUACGUGUUUGCCGCUCGUCUAUCUCUGUUGACCCAAGCCCUCUUGGAAAGGUUUUGAUUGGGUCUUCACUCAGAUCACUUGUAAGGCUCUGGGAAAACACCAUUAUCACAAGUGACCACACAUGCGAUUUAUGCAUGUAAUGCUUUUAUUAUAAAGGUGCAUUUUUUUGUGUGAAAAUGAUCUUCCCCAAACUUGAAACUGACGCACUGCGUAUAUGCCAGUUAGGCUCUACACCCGUUGUAAAGCGGCUUAAUGUGCUUCAUUUUAAGAAGGUAUUUGGCCACUUUAGUUGUGAUACAAACCUUACCAAAACAUAUAGGCUACAUGAGAUGUGUGACUAUGAUUUGAAAAAGUCAGUGGGAAAAAAGGCAUGCACUGUUUCUUGCCUUACUGCACAAAAGCUGGGCAUCAUAUCAAGUGAUAAUAUAUCAUUCACAAGUGAUGGGCUAAUAUUGUCACCCUUCAGACUAUUCUUGAUUUAAUAUUGUCUUUACAUACUAAAUAAUAUAUACAGUACCAGUCAAAAGUUUGGACACACCUACUCAUUCAAGGGUUUUUCUUUAUUUUUACUAUUUUCUACAUUGUAGAAUAUAAGUGAAGACAUCAAAACGAUGAAAUAACACAUGGAAUCAUGUAGUAACCAAAAAAAGUGUUAAACAAAUCAAAAUAUUUUAUAUUUGAGGUUCUUCAAAUAGACACCCUUUGCCUUGACAGCUUUGCACUUGUUGGCUGCUUUUCCUUCACUCUGCCGUCCGACUCAUCCCAAACCAUCUCAAUUUGGUUGAGGUCGGGGGAUUGUGGAGGCCAGGUCAUCUGAUGCAGCACUCCAUCACUCUCCUUCUUAGUCAAAUAGCCCUUACACAGCCUGGAGGUGUGUUGGGUCAUUGUCCUGUUGAAAAAUAAAUGAUGGUCCCACUAAGCCCAAACCAGAUGGGAUGGCGUUUCGCUGCAGAAUGCUGUGGUAGCCAUGCUGGUUAAGUGUGCCUUGAAUUCUAAAUCAAUCACAGUGUCACCAGCAAAGCACCCCCACACCAUAACACCUCCAACUCCAUGCUUUAUGGUGGGAACUACACAUGCCUAAAUCAUCCGUUCACCCACACCACGUCUCACAAAGACACGGCGGUUGGAACCAAACAUUUCCAAUUUGGUCUCCAGACCAAAGGACAAAUUUCCACCGGUCUAAUGUCCAUUGCUCGUGUUUCUUGGCCCAAGCAUGUCUCUUCUUAUUAUUGAUGUCCUUUAGUAGUGGUUUCUAUGCAGCAAUUCGACCACGAAGGCCUGAUUUAUGCAGUCUCCUCUGAACAGUUGAUGUUGAGAUGUCUGUUACUUGAACUCUGUGAAGCAUUUAUUUGGGCUGCAAUUUCUGAGGCUGGUAACUCUAAUAAACAUAUCCUCUGCAGCAGAGGUAACUCUGGGUUUUCCAUUCCUGUGGUGGUCCUUAUGACAGCCAGUUUCAUCAUAGCGCUUGAUGGUUUUUGCGACUGCACUUGAAGAAACUUUCAAAGUUUUUGAAAUGUUCCGUAUUGACUGACCUUCAUGUCUUAAAGUAAUGAUGGACUGUCAUUUCUUUUUGCUUAUUUGAGCUGUUCUUGCCAUAAAAUGGACUUGGUCUUUUACCAAAUAGGGCUAUCUUCUGUAUACCUUGUCACAACUCAACUGAUUGGCUCAAACGCAUUAAGAAGGAAAGAAAUUCCACAAAUUAACUUUUAAGAAGGCACACCUGUUAAUUGAAAUGCAUUCCAGGUGACUACCUCAUGAAGCUGGUUGAGAGAAUGCCAAGCGAAUGCAAAGCUGUCAUCAAGGCAAAGGGUGGCUAUUUGAAUAUUCUGAAAUAUAAAAUAUAUUUUGAUUUAACAUGUUUUUGGUUACUACAUGAUUCCAUAUGUGUUAUUUCAUUGUUUUGAUGUCUUCACUAUUAUUCUACAAUGUAAAAAUAAAGAAAAACCCUUGAAUUAGGUGUGUCCAAACUUUUGACUGGUAGCGUAUGUAGAAAUCUAAAACAUUUUUUGUAUCAUUUUUGCUUUUUAUAAUAAACUUAUUUUACAGGGUUAAAUAUUCGUUUCUAGGGCACAUGUGAUUCAAAAGUAGCUAGAAAUGUAUAUAGGCCCUAUAUAGGCUAUAUCUCAAUCAAUUAAAAAUCAUAUUUUCUGGUGCUCCUACAUUUUAUGUUGUGCUUCUAACUUUUAUAAGUUGGGAGCACCAGUUCUACCAAUGGAAAAUGUUAAUUUAGAGCCCUGUCUGUAUCCAAGCCUUUGUCGAUGUGCACCCAUAAUCAACAAAACUGUGACUUCCUUCCAUGCAGUGUGUUGUAAGAAAAUGUGCUGUCCUGGCUUAGGGGAAAGGAAGCUUGCUGGUGUAAUUUAAUUUGUGUUCCCAGUAACAGCGUGCCUGUGAAAUACUGCUGUGACACUCCAAUUUCCGCUAAGUUAUUGUGUAUUGGUGUGGAGCUUUGAUUACCAACGGGCCACAAAGCUGCCAUCCGUCAGAACCCUUUCCAUAUGCGGAGGCUCACAGUUUAAUGACCCUGAAGAACAGCCUGUCUACCACGUUUAUGAAUCAGACUGCCCAGAAUCACAUUAUGCCAACUCACCGCCAGGAGCUUCUCUGUGGGUGGGCAUCAGUGUGUAAAAAUUAAUAGUCAGGAAGGAUGUUGGCUUGUUCUGAAUUAUUUGUUGGCCAAAGGAUUGUGAAGAUAAGUCUCAGUAUUGGUUUAGAACAAAGGUGCACAACUCCAAUUCUCGAGGGCCGUAGUCCUGCUGUUUUUCAUUUCUCCCUGGGAAUUAAUGAAUUAAUGAAUGUCAUUUAAACAUACUUGAUUAUGGCGUGGUAACUAGCAAUCACCAGUCAGUCAAAGGCAGGAGGAGAACCAGCUUGUGGCCCUUGAGGUCUGGAGUUGUUUUGCUGGUUUUAGUGAUGAGCCGAUGUAUUAGUCAAUUAGAAUUUAUUGAUGUGGGCAUCAGUGAGCUGAGCUCCCAGGGCUUAGGCUACCCCCAGUAGAACAAUGUGGACAUCCUGAGCCGCAUCCUGACAAUCUGCUUUUACAGUACACUGCAGGACUUAACGCAGUACUUUCCCUAUCCACAGCUCUACCCUGGGGCCAUCCUGGAAGUGUGUGGAUGAAAAUUGGGGAGGUUCCCUCAAGUCCAAGGUGAGUUGUCAAUAUGUUGUUGUUGGACCACCCAUCUUGUAAAGCUCAUUGGUGUCAGUUUGCUAUGAAGGGGCUGUUAUUGUAUCCUGCCUCUGUGUGGGGUUGAGCCUCAGCCCUGUGCCUUAUGGUACUGUUUGUGUUUGGGACAGCUGUACGCUGGCAUUCACAACUGUGGUCCGUUUAACUUGAUUACCGAAAAUGUUUUCCAACGGUUUCUGUUUACAAGCUUUGUUAAAAAAAUUGAACUAUCCAUCAAUUGAUUAAUUCAUUAGACCUUCGAUAUUGAGUUGACCUUGUUUUGUGUCCACAGCUUUUGUCAGGUCUGACAAGCCGAAGAUGUUCAAGGGUCUUCAAAUUAAGGUACAAAUGAAUUGUAGAUGCUCUUGCCUGUUGCGUACAAUGAAUUAGUUGAGUUAAAUACUAUAAAGAAGUGGUUGUUUCUCUGACAGCUUUUAUACAACUUUGGAAUGAAAAUAACCACAUUCUUGAACAUAAUCUCCUGUCAUUAUGGAAAAGCAGGAAUCCUAUGCCACCCAUAAAGUUUCAAUAUUACACUGUAUAAUCUUAUAGGCUAUGUUGAAUUGGUAAACCUUGCUUGGCUGUAGUCCUGAUAGUCCUCUGUGUGCUUGGUUUCAGUAUGUGAGAGGCGCAGACCCUAUACUAAAGCUGCUGGACGAUAACGGGAACAUUGCUGAAGAACUCAGCAUCCUCAAGUGGAACACGGAUAGCGUGGAAGAAUUCCUGAGCGAGAAGUUGGAAGUAUAUAAUACCGAUUUGUAG